UUGUGAAGAAUUUUACAAAUUUUUUAAAGAAUUCUUGGUAAAAAAUUAACGUCCUAUUGGUGAUAGAAUGUCUACCAAAAUUGAUGCAAAAAAUAUAAACAAUACAGCCUCUGAGAAAAACGACUGGGAUCAAAAUGAUGAUGAUGACUGGGAUGAUUGGGGUGAUGCCGAGGAGAAUUUUGAGGAUACACCCGGUUCCAAUUUGUUGGAGGACAAUGUUGCAAAAGGCAAUAUAAAUGCAGAAAAUAAUAACUCAUUGCAUGCCACAAAGAAAACAGUUGAAGAAACUACACAAGAUUUUAACAAGAACAAAGGGAAGGUAACAGAGGUAAGAAAAACGGAAAACAUAAUUACUACUACAACGCAAAAGCCAACCUCUGGAUGGGGUGGUCUGUUUGGAGGCGUAGUUUCGUCCGUACUUUCUACUGCUUCUGAAGGCAUUGGCAAUAUCACCUCAACAAUGAGUCAAGGUCUUAAUCAAGUAAUUGGCGUGCCCGAUCCAGAGGAACUAGCACGAAUGCAAGCUGCCGAAACAGGAAAGCUACACAGUGAGUUAAAAGACGACGAUAACCAUGUCGAGCAAAAAGUUAUAAACGAUAACCAGCAGCAUAGGGUUCAAGAACAACAAGAAGGAACGCCUUCCUUCGGAUUGAAUAUCGUUAGUGGAGUGACGACUCUUGGGACGAAGGUACUCAACACGGGCUUGGAUACACUUGAAGGAAUCGGAAAAAAAACCAUGCAUAUAUUACAAGAAAAUGAUCCACUACUAAUGAAUAAGAGAAAAUUACUUGGUUUAGAACAAGAUAAACCAAAUCUGAGUGAGGUACUUAAAGAAGCGAAAAAAGACGCUGAUCAUUUAGAAAAUGCUUUGAAAGAGAUGAAAUUAGAAAAGUCACGCGAAAUGCUGCGUUUCGAUUUACUCUUCGAGAACAAUUGCGGUCUUGUACACCUGGAAGCAUUGGAAAUACUUUCUAAAGAAUCAGUGCUUAAGUUGCAAAAGUUGCAGGAUGCAGUCAGUGGCAAUGCGCUUAAAGAAUUGCAAGAGACUAUCACUGAAGUUAAAGAGCUGAUGGAGUUGGAGGACUUAGAGGGCGAAAGUGAUGGGGACUACGGCGUCGAAGAGUUAAAUACACGUCUAAUUAGCGCCAUUGAAGAUGCAGAACUGCAAAUAAAUUUCGAUGAUAUAAUAAGCAAUUGGAGACAAGCGUUGGAGUGGUUUAAAUCAGCUCCAGUGAACGGUACACAUGACACCGUACAGGAGACUUUUGCCAAAUCUAUUACAAUGUUAGCUGAAGCUUGUGCCUUGCAAAUAAAUAAACUUCACAAAAUCGCCGAGUUAUUGUUGGUGAAAGAACAUCACAGCACCGCCAAUGAAGUUGAUUGCAUUGUACAACUGUGUAAGCAAUUCACUAUGCAUUUGAAUGGCCUGACAAAUCGAUUUGCCGCUACAUUGACGGGCAUUCAGUUAGACGCGCAAACAGAAACAGAUGACAUAAUAAAAACGCGCAUAAGCACGCUUUUCGCUGAAAUGUUGGUGGCAAUACAACAAAUAGAGAAGGCGUUUCAUUUGUUCUUACCGAUUUUGCAAAUUGGAGCGGUGUAAAUAAAAUGCAAGAUUAUAGCGUUUAGUAAUUUGGGAUGUCGUGAUUAUGUUGAAAAUAAUUUCUAAGUAUUCUUAUUUUAUUUUUGUUUAAUUGCCGCAAUGGUCACUUGAGAUUGUAUUUAAAAGUGUAUGCUGUUAAAAUAAACAAAUAUUAUUAAUUAAUA